GUACGCGGACAAGAUGGCGGCGGCAGCGGUCGACAGCGCGAUGGAGGUGGUGCCGGCGCUGGCGGAGGAGGCCGCGCCCGACGCGGCGGGCCUCAGCUGCCUCGUCAACCUGCCGGGCGAGGUGCUGGAGUACAUCCUGUGCAGCGGCUCGCUGACGGCCGCCGACGUGGGCCGCGUGUCCAGCACCUGCCGGCGGCUGCGCGAGCUGUGCCAGAGCAGCGGGAAGGUGUGGAAGGAGCAGUUCCGGGUGAGGUGGCCCUCCCUUAUGAAACACUACAGCCCCACCGACUACGUCAAUUGGCUGGAGGAGUAUAAAGUUCGGCAGAAAGCUGGCUUAGAAGCCCGGAAGAUUGUAGCCUCCUUCUCCAAGAGGUUCUUUUCAGAGCACGUCCCUUGUAAUGGUUUUAGUGACAUUGAGAAUCUUGAGGGACCAGAGAUAUUUUUUGAGGAUGAACUGGUGUGUAUCCUAAAUAUGGAAGGAAGAAAAGCUUUGACCUGGAAAUACUAUGCAAAAAAAAUUCUUUACUAUCUGCGACAACAGAAAAUUUUAAAUAAUCUUAAAGCUUUUCUUCAGCAGCCUGAUGACUAUGAAUCAUAUCUUGAAGGUGCGGUAUAUAUUGACCAAUACUGCAAUCCUCUCUCUGACAUCAGCCUCAAGGACAUCCAGGCCCAGAUUGACAGCAUCGUGGAGCUGGUUUGCAAAACCCUCCGGGGCAUAAACAGUCGCCACCCCAGCUUGGCCUUCAAGGCAGGUGAAUCCUCCAUGAUAAUGGAAAUAGAACUCCAGAGCCAGGUGCUGGAUGCCAUGAACUAUGUCCUUUAUGACCAACUGAAAUUUAAGGGGAAUCGAAUGGAUUACUACAAUGCCCUAAACUUAUACAUGCAUCAGGUUUUGAUCCGCAGAACAGGAAUCCCAAUCAGCAUGUCUCUGCUCUACUUGACAAUUGCCCGGCAGUUGGGGGUCCCAUUGGAACCAGUCAACUUCCCAAGUCACUUCUUAUUAAGGUGGUGCCAAGGCGCAGAAGGGGCGACCCUGGACAUCUUUGACUACAUCUACAUAGAUGCUUUUGGGAAAGGCAAGCAGCUGACGGUGAAAGAGUGUGAAUACUUGAUCGGCCAGCAUGUGACCGCAGCAUUGUACGGAGUGGUCAAUGUAAAGAAGGUGUUACAACGAAUGGUGGGAAACCUUUUAAGCCUGGGAAAGCGGGAAGGCAUUGACCAGUCGUACCAGCUGCUGCGAGACUCCCUGGAUCUGUAUCUGGCCAUGUACCCGGACCAGGUGCAGCUUCUCCUCCUCCAAGCCAGGCUUUACUUCCACCUGGGAAUCUGGCCAGAGAAGUCUUUCUGUCUUGUCUUGAAGGUGCUUGACAUCCUCCAGCACAUCCAAACCCUCGACCCCGGGCAGCACGGGGCGGUGGGCUAUCUGGUGCAGCACACCUUAGAGCACAUAGAGCGCAAAAAAGAGGAGGUGGGCGUGGAGGUGAAGCUCCGCUCUCACGAGAAGCACAGAGAUGUCUGCUACUCCAUUGGGCUUAUUAUGAAGCAUAAGAGGUAUGGCUAUAACUGCGUGAUCUAUGGCUGGGACCCCACCUGCAUGAUGGGACACGAAUGGAUUCGAAACAUGAAUGUCCACAGCCUGCCUCAUGGCCAUCACCAGCCUUUCUACAAUGUUCUGGUGGAGGAUGGUUCCUGUAGAUAUGCAGCCCAAGAAAACUUGGAAUAUAAUGUGGAGCCUCAAGAGAUCUCGCACCCUGAUGUCGGACGCUAUUUCUCAGAGUUUACUGGCACUCACUACAUCCCCAACGCAGAGCUAGAGAUUCGAUAUCCAGAGGAUCUGGAGUCUGUCUAUGAAACGGUGCAGAAUAUUUACAGCGCAAAGAAAGAGAAUGUAGAGUAAAGUCUCGUAGAGGACAUUGCACCUUUGCUGCUGCUGCUGCUAUCUCCCAAGAGAACAGGAUUUCAGAGGCGGCUCCGCUCCUGGCUUCUCCACCGGGAAGGCCGCCUCGCCGGUAGUGCUGGUUGCCGCCUCCUAAGGUGAAAUAACGUGUGCUCUCCUCCAGCUGCAAAGACAAUGUUGCUCUCCGCCUACACUAGUGAAUUCGUUUGAAAGGCACUGUGUCCAGUGGCAUGGCUUGUAUGCUUGUCCUGUGGUGACAGUUCGUGACAUUCUGUCUUCAUGACGUCUCACGUCGACACUCCUCUCUCAACAUUCUCUCCUUCACUUGCCAUGAUGUCUGCGGCGUUUCGUGUGCUGGCAGACGGGUCACGCAUUCGCAGUCAUUUCUUUCUGAUUUCUGGAUGGAACGCGUGCAGUCCGAGGUUGGGUUGUCUUAUCUUUCUGCCCUGAAGUUAGUUGCUUAUUCAGAGGUGAAGCCGUAUGCGACCUUGGCAGCAUCUUGGAGAUGGGGACAAUAACAAGCUCAUGUAAUCAGAUCAUUUGAAUUUAUUUUUUUCUAACAGUUGAAACAGAUUUCAGACAUUUGUCUUUUUCUUCUUUGUAUUGGGAGAAUAACCGUUUCCUGCCAUAUUCCUCUCAGAAUAGCUCUACAAAUUAUUACUUUUCUAUUUUAUUACACAUUUUUUGAGAAAAGGCCUAAUAAUGGCCUUUGUGAAUAAACCUUUCCACAUUCAUCUAUUAUUCUUCCCUCUAAAAUAAUUACUUUUUAAACAAAAUUCUAACAGUCCAAUAUCAUGAGUAGCUCUUCAGUCAAUCUUGAUUUGUCUUUAUAAUGAGAAGUACAAUCUGAUGUUAAAAUGUUUGUGCUCAGAAACCAUACACCAUGGUCCCCCGAGACCCAAAAAUGAGGUUUCUCUGUGGUACCAGAAAAAAGAAAUAAUGAACCUUAAAAAUUUUUUUAAAGGAGGUCUCAGAUGCCCCAUCAUUCCUUAGAGUCAUUUUAAACCCUUUUUGAAUGUGGCAAGGCAGAAAUAAAGCGUCUCUAGGUGGAAGAGUGUUGGAUCAGUGGGAAGGAGGGUGGGGUGUGACGCGCCUCCUCAGUCGCCACUGCCAGGAAAGCUCCAGAGGAGGCCCGGCCUCCCGCCCGCUCCCGGGGUCCGCCUCUGCCUUCAAGGACAGGCUUCUUUCCUGUCCUUCUGGGUGAGUGAAGGCACGGGGUCCUUCUGCAGCUCUGGGACUCCCCCCGUACUCGACCCGCCAGUCUCAAGCCAGCUGAUCAUGUAGUUAGCAGUAGAAGCUAACUUGGAGUUAGUUACUUUAAGCUUAAGCAAAUCAAUUGCUCUAGUGAUUGAGACUUUGGGGGGCUGUGAUCCGGCCCCCUCUCGCCACCCGUUCAUUUGCAUGCAGUAUUUUCACACCACCUUUGAUGACCGCCUCUUGUUUAUGCUCUGGAAACCCUGGGAUGCCCACAGUUGGGGGACCGACUGAGGCCACUUACUUGCGAAAGCAGCUGAUCAGCCGUUCCUAGAACGAGAUGGGGACCUCUUCCAGCCUGAGUCAGCUGUCGUCCGGCGUCCACCUUCCUCUGCAGUCAAAUCCAAAGUCCUGUGAUUUGGACUCGAUCUGAAAUGGUGACGACUCACAAUGCCCAGCCUUCCCGAGGUUGAGGGGUUUACACUACUCUCAUUUAAAGGUGAAAACUAGGUAAUAUGGAGUUAAUGAGAUGCAUUACUAAGAACCUGGAGCAUGCCGAGAGUUUUAACUGUUGGUUUUUUGGUUUGGUUUCCUUUUUUCUUAGAGUAACAUCAAAGCCAAGAAAGAUGGUUUUACCUUUACUGACCCAGUGUAAAUAUGUAUCUAGACAGUUUUUAAAUGUGUUCUUCAUGAAUGCUUCAUUUGGCUCCAGAAAGCCUGUGUCACCUGUGUAAGUUGGUAUUUGGGCACUUUAUAUUUUUCUAAAAAUGUGUUUUGGAUCCUGUACUCUAAUAAAUCAUAAGUUUCUUUUUAAAAUUUUUCCAAAAGUUUUCUCCAUUUUAAAAAGCCCUGUUAUAAAAGUAGAACUUUCACAAUGUUAAAAUACUAAAUAUUUGGAUAUAGUAACUUCUUUUCUCUUCAAAUGAAUGCCAAGAUUUUUUUUGUACAAUGAUUAAUAAAUGGAACUUACCCAGAGAAACCCACCGCUCGCCUGCCCAAUUUCCUUCUGGUGCAGAAAGCGCAUCGUGACCACAGCAGAGCGUCUCCCACUUCUGAUCCAAAUAUGCAACCAUUUCCGCUCCUCCAUUUUUCUUAGCAUCGGUGAGCAAACAGGGUACCUUUACUGUGAUUUCCCUGCCAAACAUUUGUUUUAUAAACUGGCUAGUCAUCUUUUAUGUGGUGAUGCUGCAAAGGUUGCGGCGUUUUACUUGUGUGAAGGUGCGUGUUGUGAGAUGUGUUGCAGAUGCGCUGCGGGAAACCCAGGCUCCGGGCUGGCGCCGAUGCCCACUCGACAGCCGCGCGAGACGCGUCCGUCCGACUUCCUGCGGCGCCGCUCCCUGGAUGGCCCCGGACGGAAGCACAGCCAGGCUCCAGCCCCGGCCUCCCGCGCGGCCGUGUUUCUCAGACCCUGCACUACACGUUGGUCGUUGCCUUUCCAAGAGGAGGGUAGUGUGCUCUGUCUUCCUAACUCCUGAGACCCCAGCACGCCCCCGCCCCUCCGCGCCGCGGCCCGUGCUCGCAGAUGU